AGUGUUCCUCAGGCCGCUGGGAGAGUAGGAUAUGUUCCCCCGACGCAGCGCCCCGCCACCAGGUCCUCCCUUUGUCAUGUGCGUGCGUAGAUGACCCGACUUGAGUUAGUAGGAAGAGACACUUGUUGACUUCUCUUACAUGAGGUCUUAUAUGAAUUACCAGGUCACGAUGCUCAGAAGCAGGAAGCUUUCUCGUGUGUUUGUGGGCAGCGUGCGAAGGUGACCCUUCAAUAAGUAAUGGGAAAGCAAAGACGCUGCUUCUGUACGGUGUAUGAAGAUAAUCCUGAAUUGCGUACAAGAGAGGAAAAGACACGCAUUUGCUUGAAUUAUAUAUCUGUGAGUGGCGCCGUUUAACAGGACUUGGUGGAAGUGAAAGAACAGCGCGUAUACUUCUAAACGGUGUGCGGUGACCUUGAAAUGCAUGAAUGAAGAAAAAAUGGAAAAUACACCCAUUGACUGAGUUACAUGUGAUUAAAACACUUCCACGAUGCAUAGCAGGCGUAAAAUACUUCAUUGUGAGCUGCUAAAAUGAGUAAGAAAGAAAAGACACAUAACCUCAAAUGUGCAAAAUAGAAAAGCAAACCCACUGUAUUUUAAAUCGUAUAAGUGAAAGCUUAACUCACAAUGCUGGGUGGAAGUCAAAGAUUUCAUCACAUACUUCUAGAAUAAGUAAGGAAGGAGGGACACACACACCCUCAAAUUAAGAAGAGAAGAGAGACAUACACCAUGAAAUUAUUAAAAGUGGAAAGACACACACCCUGAUUAAGAAGAGAGGAGAGACACACCCUGAAAUUCAUGAGAAGGGAGAGACAUACACCUUAAAUUUAAUAAGGGAGGAGAGACACCCUGAAAUUAAUGAGAGGAGAGACACACCCUGAAAUUAAUAAGUGAGAAGAGAUACACCCUGAAAUUAAUAAGAAAGGAGAGCCUCAUGUCCUCAAACUAGCAAGACAAGAAAGGACAUCCGUUGACAUCUAAAUCUUUCACGAUGUUAGGCAGAACCAAACGACUGACCCGGAUGGUGCUGACGGUGCUUGGGGUGGGCAUGGUGAUGUACAGCUUCGUCAGCAUACCCGUAAAGUCUUUCUGGCGCAGGACACACACCCUGAGGAACGCCCGGGGCGCCCUGGACGUUGAAGGCCACAAGUAUUUCAUUGAGAAGAAAGACUCGUACAAACCCCUAGUAAGUGAGAGGAAAGACGUUUACCUCCCCGUGAAUCAGACCUCGGAUUGGGACUUCCUAGUGGACCUGCCCGUUAGAGAGGGAGAGGAUGAUGACUCUGAGGAAAGCACUGAGCUGGACACUGCAUUGAACUUCCCCGCAAUACUCCUGAACCCUCCUUCAGCGCCUCCUGCAGAAUGGGACAACAGGCUGCCUCUUUCUGCCUUCCCACGUAUUCGAGUAACUAAUUGCAAGGGGAAAACCUCAAGUGGCGACAACAGUCAUGUGUACCCGUGCAAGCCGAAGCGACGUGUAACCGCUAAUGAAACAAUCUUGCCAACGAUACUUGAGCCUUCUAACGGCGCGCUCCUUAGAAGGAUAUCCCAGCGACGGUACGAUGACCCGCAGAUAGAGCAGCUGGUGGAGGAGCAGUUGCAGGUGCAGAUGCAGCGUCUGGCACGUGUAGCGGAGACCUGCAAAGCUUACUCAGGACUGGAGGAGAAGCUGAGUGUAAGCUUUGUGUGGGCCAAGGACAGGAACCCACCUCUUGUGUACUGCCCGAUAUACAAGUCAGCCUCCACCACUUGGAUGACAAACUUCCUGCGUCUGGAGCACCUCAAUGACGACAAACCCGAGACGGUCCUGUCGCAGAGCGUGUGGGACCACAUCAAGUUUAGGCCACGUUUCGGCGGCGGCCACCAGAGGGUCUUCAAGGACUACCCGAAGCCGAAAACAGUGAAGGAGAAGCGGCAGGUUUUCAAGAACGCUGUUAGGUUCAUUGUAGUGCGCCAUCCCUUCGACAGAUUGGUGUCGGUGUACAGGGACAAGAUAGCGAGGCCGAACCCGCUGCCCUUUAGGCCUUACUUCCAGGAUCUGCAGAAGGCGAUAGUGGGCAGGUAUAGACCCCCAGGCAGAGAGGAUCUCCUGCCGAGCCAGCCCACGUUCUCAGAGUUCGUGGAUUAUUUGAUUGAGUCCACGGAGAACCUGAAGACUAUGAAUGACUGGACGACGAAGGUGAUCUGCUGGACUCCUUACUGGGUGCAGUGCGGCGUAUGCACCUCAGACUACCAGGUGGUGAUCAAGGUGGAGACCAUGAAGAGUGAUGAGCAGCUCCUGGCACACGUGGCGAACCUGACGGAGAUCCAGGACGGCAGUAAAUGGGAGAACAAGCGGCCGGGUCCCCCUCCUGACUUUUUCAAGACGCUCACCAGAUCCCAGGUGAAGGCACUCUAUCGCAGGUACAAGGAGGACUUUGACUUGUUUGGCUACACUAUUGAUGAAUACCUGAGUACCGCCAGAGAGGUGUGAAGGUGAGGGGUUUACCUGUGAAAGGGGAAGAAUUAGAGAUGAACAAUGUGAGUUUACCUGGGUUUACCACUGAUUACUAUGUUUGUACUCUGGCAGACAGGUGUGGAGGGGGAAUUAGAGAUGGUCAGUGUGAGUUUACCUGGUUUACUGUUGAUUGAUAUACGAGUACCUGUACUCUGCCAGACAGGUGUGAACGUAAAGGGUCUACCCGUGAAAGGAGAACCAGAGAUGACCAUUAUGAAUUUAUCUGAGUUAUAAUUGAUUGAUACGAGUAUACUCGUACCUGUAUUCUAACCGACAGGUGUGAAGACGAAGCAUUUACCUGUGAAAGGGAAAGAAUUAGAAAUUAUCGGCGUGGGUUUACUUUACUACUGAUUGAUAUAAGUAAGUGUAGACCGACAAGUGUAAUGGGUUUACUCACCUGGAUUUACCUGUGAAAGGGACACAAUUAGAGAUGACCAGUAUGCAUGUACCUGGGUUUACUGUUGAGUAUUGUAUCCGGAAUCUAUUACCUAGUCUUACUUAUAUGAUUGGUUUCCUCACCUGUCAGCCAUUGUUCAUUAAUUCAUUCAUUCUUUUCCUCCAUUUGUGUUAUCCGGAUAGUGUUGGAUAUGGCUGUGUAUUUUCAUUAUUUUCUUCGUAUGCUUCUUCAUUUAAUUCACCUCAUUCCCUUUUUUUUCACCAUUUAUUUGAUCAAGUAUCUGUUGUUGAUUUGAAUGCAGAAUGUCACUCCUUGCUUUUCGUUUUUUUUUUUUUUUUCAUUAGUUUUUAGAUCAUGUGUUUAGCGGUAAGAUGUUAUUUUCUUUUUAUAUAUAUUUUUUAAUGCUUUGUUACGCUUACCACUCUCGUUUCAUUUCCUCAAGCAUCUUAUCUUUAGUGCGUUUAGCGUAAGGUGUUUUGUUUUAUUAUUUUUUUUUGCGGUUAUCAAUCCGUCCAUUUGUUUAUUCUUUGUUGACUUUCAUGGCACGAUUAUCACUCUGCCCAUUUCAUUCCUUCGUGUUUAGUAGUAAGGUGUUUGUUUUGUUGUUACUCUUAUUGGUUAUCACUUUUUUUAUAUAUAUAUUUUAUCGUGGUUUCUCCUUUUUUUUUUCUUCUUCUUUUGGUAAUAAAGUGUAUUUGUUAUUAAUUUUUUUUAUGACGUUUAUCACUCUGUUCAUUUCAUUCUUUCAUGCUUUUAUUUACGAGUAUGUGUUUUAUAAUAAGAUGUUUGCUUUGUUGUUAGUCAUAAUGGCUGUUACUCGGCGCAUCUUUUAUUUCUUUUUUUUUUUUCGUGUGUUUACUGGUAAGAUAUAUUUGUUGUUAAUUUUCAUGACGUCAAUCACUCUAUUCAUUUAAUUCUGUCAUGCUUCAUUCAUGUGUUUAGCAGUGACGUGUUUCUCUCGUUGUUUCAUAUGGUGGUUAUCACUCGGUCUAUUUAUAUAUUUAUUUAUUUAUUUUUUUCUACAUGAUUAGUAAUAGGAUAUAGUUGUUAAUUUUUCCUGACGUUUAUCGCUGCAUCCAUUUCAUUUUUUUUUUCACUCACUUUAAGCCUUUAAUGUGCUUACAAAUAACGAUUUUUUUUCCUUUCUUUCUUUCUUUAUUUACUUAAUUAUACGUAUUUAAUGGGCAGAUAUUUUUGUUCGUAAUUUCCAUAACGCAUAUUAUUCCAGCCAAUUUAUACUACCAUUAACCUUUUUUUUUUUUACCUUUAAUGUUUCUUAUCAGUGUAUCCCCUUGCCCUGAGGUUCGCCAGUCGUGUUCAGAUUAACAUGAAGCGCUGUGAUGAAUACUGAAUUAUGAAGAGAGAUACGCUUGCUUGUAUCUUUUUUUUCUUUCUUUCUUAUAUGUAAGAGGGUUUCUGACCAAGGAAAAUAAUAAGAGAGGAAGAAAAAGCCCUACUGAAGAUGCCAGUUCGCAAAGUCUGCAGAAGUGACCUACAGAUGUGUUAAAAUGGACUUUAGGAGAGAAAGACGAUUUUUUUUUUUUCUACGUAAGAGGCGCAAAAGAGACGGGCAACAAAGAAGCAAAAAAAAAAAAAAAAAAAGAAAGAAAGAAAGAAAAUUCCGUUCUCCAAAGCCUGCAGAAGUGACUUUAUAUUGAAAAUGUACCUCAGGAUAAACUCUCUACGUGCCCCGCUGUGCAUGAGGCGAGGCUGCAGGUGUGACCACGCAGACACUCAGUAGAAAUCAAGGCAGAGACUAUAAUUUGUGUCUUCCUUAGUCAGCAGCCAUGGCAUGGUAAAUAAACUGAAUGAACUUA